GGAAAGGAGAAUGAAUAAAAGUAGAAACAGAUGCAGUUGGAAAAACAGGAUUAUUACCAAAAAUCCCUGAAGAAAAAAAAAAGGAAGGAUUUCUUACAAAGACCCCAGAUGGAUACACUCUAACAUGAUUUUUGUGUUCUCGAGUAGCACACAGCAUUUUGAACCCCACACAUAGAUUGCUCAUGAUAGCACUAACAAAAACUACUGUUGUGACUUACACCUGAGCUAAACCCCCUCAGGUGUGUCAUAAUACCUGCAUUUCUUUCUGAUUUCAGCUGCUCCUUAAUUGUUUUUUAUGGCUACCUAGGGGCACAAAGGAGAUUUUGAUCAAUAUGACAUAGCCCUUUUUUAUAAAUAAUACAAUAUUACCAACUAUGGAGUAGCUGUACCUGUAGGAACGGAUAAAAAUGAAUAUUGGCAUGUCUAUCUAUAUAGAUUGCCCAUUAAGUAGAAACAGAUUUAGUAGAAAUGCACCUACUGUAUGUAAAAUGCUGGUACAGAUUUUUUUUCCCCCUAUCAGUCUAACCUUCUGUGUUGAUACAUGAAUGCUGGUACCCACUUACAGGGAUGCCAGAUGAUCAGUGCAGAAUGAAGGUCCCAGGAGAAAGGAUCACAUGGUUUUCUCUGCCCUGUGACGUCACUAGCAGAUGGCAUGGGUACCAGCUCUGGCAGUUGGCAUCAAUGUCACUUUUUAGAGAUCAAUGAGAUAGUGCAGAGAUACACAGAUCUAGACUCCAGGAGACGAUGCGACAUUCAGACUGAAAAGAUUUGGAAGGAAAAAAAUGAAAACUGAGUUUUGAAUGAAAAAAAGCUAAGGUAACUUAAGAUUAUAGAACCAUGCUAACACUACCAUUUGAUGAGUCUGUUGUAAUGCCAGAAUCCCAGAUGUGCAGAAAGUUUUCCAGAGAAAGUGAGGACCAAAAGCAAAUUAAGAAGCCAGAAAGCUUUUCCAAGCAGAUUGUGCUCCGAGGAAAGAAUAUCAAAAGGGCCACUGGUGAAGACACAGAAAAAGAAGAGGAGGAAGAAGACAGAGAGGAGGAGGAUGAGAAUGGUUUGCCUAGAAGGAGGGGCCUUAGGAAGAAAAAGACAACCAAGAUAAGAGUGGAAAGGGUCAAAUUCAGGCGGCAAGAAGCCAAUGCUAGAGAAAGGAACAGGAUGCAUGGCCUUAAUGAUGCUCUGGACAAUUUAAGAAAAGUGGUCCCUUGUUAUUCAAAAACACAGAAACUGUCUAAAAUAGAAACUUUAAGACUAGCCAAAAACUAUAUUUGGGCUCUUUCUGAAAUCCUGCGUAUUGGCAAGAGACCCGACCUGCUCACGUUCGUCCAAAACUUGUGCAAAGGUCUAUCCCAGCCAACUACAAAUUUGGUGGCCGGGUGCCUGCAGCUGAAUGCCAGAAGUUUCUUGAUGGGCCAGACAGGGGAAACUGCCCAUCACACAAGGUCACCAUAUUCCAGUUUCUAUCCUCCCUAUCACAGUCCUGAGCUCAGCACUCCCCCGGGACAUGGAACUCUUGACAAUUCCAAGUCUAUGAAACCCUACAAUUACUGCAGUGCUUAUGAAUCCUUCUAUGAAAGCACUUCCCCUGAGUGUGCCAGCCCACAGUUUGAAGGUCCCUUAAGUCCUCCCCCAAUUAACUAUAAUGGGAUUUUUUCCCUGAAGCAAGAAGAUGCCUUGGACUAUGGCAAAAAUUACAAUUAUGGCAUGCAUUACUGUGCAGUGCCACCCAGGGGUCCCCUUGGGCAGAGCUCCAUGUUCAGGUUGCCUACCGAGAGCCACUUCCCUUACGACUUACAUCUGCGCAGCCAGUCUCUCACCAUGCAAGAUGAAUUAAAUGCAGUUUUUCAUAAUUAAUGAGGAAAAUGAAAAUAAACAGUGGUCACUCACCUCCCCAUCUAAUUAAGAUAAAGCAGAUGCUUGUGCACUGCAUAAUGGGCACAACUCUAUUUAACGUGUUUACUAGUUUCUAAAGUGUGUUUCAACUAUUGUGGGAAUUUUCUAUGUACUAAUAAAUCCUUUUUCUUAUACGUAUUUUUCCUUUUGUUUUUUGUCUGUAAACACUGUGAGAUUGUUUCUUACAAGAGGUUUAUUUUAUUCUUUUUGUCCACCCUAUUCGCUUGAUUCAUUGAACAGUGUGUCUAAACAAUAUAAUUGACGUAAACGCAUACACACUGUCUAAAGUCAAUGUCUGUUUUAAUUGUACAGUACCUAUACAAAUGCAUGUUAUUAAAAUCAAAUAAGUGAAAUGAUGUAUUUAUAAUUAUUAGAAAUUAUAUAUUAUGUAUUUGAGAAGAACUGGAAUUUUAAAAAUUAUUCAGAAUUUUAAAAGAACUGUCCCUAAAUUGAGAUGGUCUUACGAGAUGCAGAGGAGUUAGUGCAGCAAUAUUUAAAGCUAUGCAAAAAAUAUUUUCUUUGAUUUUGGAGGGGAAUUGUUUUAUUCUCGGGCACAAAAAAUAUCGGUGAUCACCUCUGAGAAUUAUUCCGCAUAAAAUUUGGGGUGUUUGCUGAUAGGAGUUAUAUAACAUUUUAGACGAUGUUGUCAAAAUUUUGCAUUAGUUAUUUUAACAUAAUAAUACAAUGGUAUCAGCACUUUUUUGUAUUAUCCUGACUUCAGAUGUAAGGGUUUGUUAUGACAAUGUAUUACUGUGGUUUUUUCACUACAUAUUUUAAAUGCGAUUAAACAUACAUGUCUCCACUCAUAAAGUACAUCUAUU